AUGUCGUCCACGGCGGUCGCGGCUUUCAGCCUGAAGAACUUCAACAAUAACGGCAUCCCCUCCACCAGCGACGUCGGGAUUGCAGCAUCACUGAGGAAGAAGGUGGAUGACGCCACCUUCACCUUUUCCUUCACGGAUUCUUCGCUGAAGGAGCCCAAGCUGGGGAAGGGGGUCGUCCUGGCCGUGGAGAAGCCCCUGGCAGAUGGCUUGAAGGCCAGCCUGGCACAUGACUUUGGCGCCAGCAACAGCGUGGCCUCCCUCACCCUGAACCGGUUGGUGAACGGCUCGGAUGUGCAGGUGAAGGCCAUCUACAAGCGGGCUGGGGAUGUGUUCAUCAUGGAGGAGCAGUGGAAGGUGGACAAGAACACACGCAUCAAUGGCAGCUACAACUUUGCGUCCGAGGAGGCGGCAGCCUCCGUGACCCACACCAACGGUCCGUGGACCGCCUCCGCUGCCUACAACUUUGCGCGCGCCGCACCGCUGCUCAGCAUCAGCCGGAAGGCGGGUGCUGACACGGUGGGCGCCACCUAUGCGGUCAACGAGGACGUCGGGACGGUGCACUGGAGCCGCAAACCAGUCAGGGCCACCCUGAGGGCAGCCAAUGUGACGGGCAAGCCGGCAUGGAGCAGCCUGUCUGCCAGCAUUGUCGCCACGCACGAAUUCGACUUGUGA